CCUUCACAUACAUUGUAUCAGCCUUUGCAUUUCCAUCUUUGUAUUCUGCAACCCGAAAAGAAUGUAACAGAAGGGCAUGUAUCCAAUUCCAAAAAUUUUCCUUUGCCGCAUUCUGUCCGCUUAGGGGAGAAAGAGGAAAGGGGAGGGGAUGCUGAGUUCCUAACAUUUUCGUCACAAUCUUCGCUGCGACGAUGUCUUCACAGGACGAUGUACAACGGAAGAAAAUCGCAACUUUUCUCCAGGCCCUUUGCGCAGCUAAGUAUGUGCGGGAGGACAACGUUCCCUGUCAAAUCGAGGAGGGGCUCUUCCUGGGGUCAGUGGGGGUGGCGUGCAACAAGGAAGCUUUGAAAAGUUUAAAGAUCACGCAUGUGCUGAUUGUUGCCAACUCUCUCGAACCUGCCUUCCCAGAUGAUUUUAUUUACAAGAAGAUUGAAGUUCUUGACACUCCCAUUACCAACAUAACAAAACACUUCCAGGAGUGUUUUGAUUUCAUUGACGAAGCAAGACAAGCUGGUGGUGGAGCAUUGGUGCACUGUUUUGCGGGAAGGUCAAGGAGUGUCACGGUUACUAUUGCCUAUUUGAUGAAGGAGCAUCAAAUGAGUUUUUCGCAGGCCUUUUCACUUGUUAAGAGUAAAAGACCACUUGUAGCACCUAAUUCUGGCUUCAUGGCGCAAUUGCAAAAUUAUGAGAAGUCUCUGAGAGAGCUAGUAAACAAGGUCCCUGAACAAAUACACAGCUGAUGUUGGACCUGAAUGUUGAGUUACUGUAAUCUCUACAGCCUUGAUUUUACGGCGAGCUUGCAAGCUAGCGGUGAGAUGGCGGCGGACAAUGACCUCAAAAACUCCAUCCUUCGCUUACUUGUGCGCUCUUCCUUUCCUAAAUCAUUGGGGAAGGUAACCCUCGUCUUUCUUCUCCUUCCUCCCACCAAUCAACUCCUCUAAAUCCCAUCAAUCGGUCUUCUACCGGAUUUACUAGAUCUUGGAUUCAAGACCAAAUGGAGGAAAAACAAAAUUAAGAACCUGUAGGAUUUAAAGAUGCCAUUUUCUUAUGUUUGGCAGGAUUUAGAUUAAAUUCUGCUUAAAUAUUGCAACCUAAUAUGUUUGGUGCCAUCGUGAAAGAUGAGUGUUUCGGGGCAUUGUACACCACCAUCUCCGGAAAAUUUAGACUGUCGAGAUUUCGGUAACGAUAGUUGAUGGAUGUGUAACGCGACUACGAGAGUGAUGAACAUGAGAAUGGGGAAUAAUUUGGUGGC